UUAAAACGUAGGCAUGGGCGUUAAUUAUAUGUGCUUCUUUUGAUAGUAAAGUAGCGGUUAGUUAAUGCAACUUUCGAUGCUCAUCAUGGGUCAUCUGGAAACAACCGCUCCAUGUCUUAAACAUAGUGGUCAGGCACUCAGGCUGCGUACAUCCGACCACCCUUACCUUGCAAUGUGCGGGGAGCCUUUGAGGCACUAGGGUAAUGUUAUUGUUUUACUCUUAAUCUCCGUGCCAUUUUAACAUGGGAAGAUAAUUUUUGGAUGGAGGGAGUGAAAUCUUUGAAGUUCACUAACAAGUUCAUAGAGAUGUUUCGACUAGUAUACCCAAGCACACUCUAAAGCUCCUUAAGAAGUUCAUAUGAAUUUUUUUCCCUGUAUGAUGAUUUUAUAUGUUCAUUCUACGUGAAGUGUUCUACAUGUAGCAGUAGUUCAUUCCCACUCAGCUACACUUUAAAGUGAGUUUCAAGAUUUUGCAUGUUUUAUCUUCAUUAGCAUUCCGAAUGAUUUUAUGUCAUCCAUUAAGGAAUUUAGAUAUUCCAUGCAUUUUUUUGCUAAAUGCUAUCGUCUGUGUUUUAACAUGAAGGCCUACCUAAAUGGCAGCCACCCAGCAGCAGGAAAUUUGUGUCAUGAUCUUGUUCAAAGAGUAAGGUGUCCACAUAGCUGCAUUGGUCAAGUCAUUAGAAUAAGCCACUCUUCUAAUGAUUGGUCUUUUGGAGCUAUAAAACUGUAUAACAGCACAACAAGAAAACAUCUGAUACUGUUUGAAGAUGGGAAGAACGAGUAUGUUGACCUGUCAAGAGAAGAUUGGCAAUUGUGUACACAGCAAGUUUAAGCAUGUCCUAUAUUGUGUGUGAAAACUUUGAGCUCAUCCUUUUUGCCUGCUUCUCCCAUGCCUUGAACACAAACCUACCAUUUACAUUAUACAAGCCAUUGUUGAACGCUAUGAAUUUGGUCAUUAGUCUUCUAUUCAUAAUGAAGCCAGAGAUUCUACUUUUGGGGCUUUGGUGUAGUCCUACCGGAGGUGUACUUUUGUCCUUUUUUUAAAUAAUACUGCAUCAAUUUCAUUAAAACAAAUGAAGCCAGAGAUUAAAGAACAAUAUUUCCU